UCCUCUUCAUGACCAUCACUGAUACAUUUCAGAGCUAUGGUAUCUCAAUCAAUGGUGGAUUCCACAGUUCCAUCCGUUACAGACAGUUACGUGAACUGCACGAGCAGGUUAGUGUGAGAAAAUAAUACGUUUACUCUUUUCAUUAUAUGUAGUAUUGUAUUCGAUUGCAAAUAGAUACAAUUGUGCUUGGCAUCUUAUAAAUAUCAGCAUUUCUGAAGUUUCCACAGAAGUUUGACAGUUUCCACCAAUAAAAUUUUAUUUCAGUUAAAGAAAGAUUUUGGUGAUCGAGUACCAGACAAAUUUCCUCCCAAGAAACUGCUGACACUAAAUCAAACACAACUUCAAGAAAGGCGAGAGCAGCUGGAGAAAUAUUUACAGUCAAUCAGCCAAGAUCCUGUCCUCGUUGCUUCAAAAACAUUUGUCAAAUUUCUGCUCAAAGCUCAAAAGGUUGGUAGAUAUCACAUACUCUGGUAAAACUAAACUUUCUGUAAAGAAAUUAAUCUUACUAAAAUUAUUUAUGCUGGAUGGUUUUAUUAGAAUUUCUAUCCUGACCAAUGCUCUCAAUUUUUUGUAGGAAAGUAACAAUGUUGAAGAGGAAGAUAUGCAAUUGGAUAUUUAUCUAAUGAACGGCAAAAAAUUCCAAGUGAAUGUUAGAAAUACAGACUCAACUGAUCAUGUUAUGCAGGUAGCUGGACAAAUAUUUGUUUUGAUGUGGAAUGGUCACAUUACAUAGCACCUUUACAUAACAAUAUUGCCAUGUAGCCACAAUCCAGUUAUUGCCAUCCAAUCGCUGAUUGUUUUGACAUAUUUAGCUUCUAAUCAAUCUGUUUUUUCCAGGAAGCGAUGUCACAAAUCAAGCUUCCUCAAAACAUGAUUCAGUAUUUUUCCUUGUUUCUGGUUCAAAGAGAAGAAGAUUCAGGCUUGGCAGGUUUGCAUAUUUAUGACUG